AUGUUUCAGCUGGCGGCUUUGGCACCGCAGCACUGGCGCCUUCUCCUCGCUGGGAUCCCCCACGGACACCCGCAGAGCGCUCCGACUUUGAGGCGUCUGUUGGAGGCAUUCCAACCGGCGAUGCUUUUCCUGGAGAUUGACAAACAAGAUCUCGCAGGCUUGAAAGCAAGGUCGGGAUCGUCAGAUUCUGUGGCUUCGGAAUGUGCCGAAGCAGUGAGGUGGGCGGAUGGGCACAGCAGAAAACUGGCUCCAAUUGACCGUGAACAACUGACGACACGCCGUCGGUUGGCACAGAGCCUGUCCUUGCAUCCGGGCCAGCUUCUGAGUUCGAGGAGGCACUGGGGUACAGUGGUGCCACCGACUACCUGCGCGACAGCUUGGAGAGAGCUCCUUCUGCAAGACUGCCCCAUCUUGCAUGAGGUCAUGCUGGAAGAGAGAGACGAAUUCAUGGCCUACCAGAUACUCCUCGGUUUGGAGCGGCACCUCUCGAGUCGCUACCACUUGGCCGGCGAGGAAACCGACGAGGACCUGGUGCGUCGCCUGCAGCGCAGGGCCGCUGCAGAGACGAGCCGCAUCGGCGCGGCGCUGCGCUGGAGCCUCGGAGAGCGCCGGGCCGAGCGCCGGGCCGAGCGACGGGCCGAGCGCGCGGCGGCGGCGGAGCAGGCUCCUCUUCUGGAGCUCGAGGAGUGGGGGUCUUUCUCGGUGCCCGCCCGUCCGAGCCCGGAGCACGUCGUCGUCAUUUGCGGCCCUGCUCAUGUGGAGGCCUUGCGGCAUCGCUUGGAGGCUGCCUUGGGCGAUUCCAAGGCGGCGCAUCGCUUCCUUGCCCAGAAUGCGGGGCUGCUCCCUCGGCUUCUCAUAAAUGCGACGUGGAGGUGGGAGCCCGGAUCCCCGCAAGAUAUACUCAGCAUGGUGGAGAGCGUGCCGUCUCCCGACGUUCACGCGGAAGGCCAUGGAGAAGGGCCUCUUCGGCCGCCUCUUCGGCCUCUUGGGCCUCUGGCCAUGGCCGCAUCGGCUUCGAAUGCAUUGGGUCUAUCGACCAAAGUCCCUGAGAACCGUGUACCCUUUGCAGGGCCAGGUCCCUUGUUUAUUCACGAGCGCUUGCGGUCACUGUCGCAAAGACCUCUUCCUGUGUGGCCCGUCUUUUUGGUGAUGUACAUUCUGACUCCCGUGAUGGCGUUUUUGGUCAUCCCGAUUGCCAUUGACAUGCGUUGGCUUCAGGCCUCUGCGUCCUGGCCAGCUUUCCCAUUCGAAGAGAAUCGAAGCGAUGAAAACUUGUCAGGGCCAGGCUGCCAGAGAGUCCAGCUCGAGCGGCUUCAAAGCUCUGCAGCUUGUGCGGAUGCGGACGAGGAUGGUGAAGACGCCAUAGACGAUGCCGACGGACUGGAUGAUGCCAACGAGGGCGGAGAUGCUCAGCUUGGAUCCCGCAUCCUGGCACGAGUGGCAGAAGGCAAGCAAACGGAUCUCAACGCGCUGAAGCAAGAGAUUCAGGAUGAUGCCAGCCUUCUAGGUCAGUGGAGGAAGGCGCAAGAGUUGGGUGAGAAGCGCACCAGGGAAGAGGUCUUUAAAGGCCUUGUCGCCAACUGCUCUACCUACUUCGGGUAUUCAGAAGAGCUGGCCGAGUACUUUCUGCAGAUGUUCAGCCCGGAGACGGCAAUCAAGUUCUUCGAGGCCAACGAGCAGCAACGGCCAUUGACCUUGCGGACCAACACACUCAAGGCAAGGAGCAAGCUUAUCGAGAUGAAUAUCGAUGGCGUCCGUCUUCUCAGCUCUGUAGUUCCCAGCCUUGGCACGGUAUGUCGCCUGUUCGCAUACUGCUCACUUCGUUACGAAAUGCAUUGA